GAAAAGUAUAGUAAACAAAGUAAAAGUUAGAUGAAAUAAAAAAAAUGAGUUAUAAUUCGUAACUAAAUUAUGAUGAAAUAUGCGAUUUUAUGAAUAUUUUAUUAUUUGACACUCAUAUAUAUAUAUAUAUAUAACGAAAAAUCUAAAAAAUAUAAUUUGCUGACAACACAAGGUGUUUAUAAUCAAAUCGAACGAAACGAGGAUCAACAAUUAGAAACCGAUCUUUGUUAGACUUGUCUGAAAUUCUAAAUAUCGAGUUACAUUCCGAAUUUCGUCGUGAUAUAUAUUUACUCAAUUAACGUUGUACUUAUUUCGAGACCAUAAAUCCCAGACUUUUAUGUGAUACUACAGCCGCUAGUUAUGGGAUGCUGCAGAAGAUUCAUUGAACGAGUGAAGAAAUAGUUUAUAAUUAAAUAUGAAUUUUACAAUUAAAUAUGGUUUCGUGGCUUUGCUCAUCCUCUCACUUGUUGCUCUCACAUUAGGGGAAAUUCUUACGAUCGGUCUGGUAGGCUCGGUCGCUUCAUUGUUAGGCGGUGUAAGCUUUUAUGGAUACGAAAAGUACAAAUGUAGGUACACGGAAUGCUGUAUAGAUGAUUAUAUCCCUUCCGAUUUGGACAGACUGGAAUAUAUGUUCACUGCUAAAUUAUAUGGGCAACAAAUUGCUCAUGAAACAAUCAUAAAUGCACUACGGGGACAUUUGGAAAGUCAAAAUUCACCCAAAGCACUGGUCAUGAGUUUUCAUGGCACACCAGGAACUGGCAAGAAUUAUGUAGCGCAAAUGAUUGCCAAAGCGCUUUAUAAAGAAGGCAUUCAGAGUAAAUAUUACCAUUUCUUCAAUGGCCGCAAUGAUUUUCCUUUAAAACAAAAAGUAGACGAAUACAAGGAAGAUCUGUACAAAAUUGUUUCUGAUGGCUUAAAAACAUGUGAGAGAUCGUUAUUUGUCUUUGAUGAAGUAGACAAAAUGCCAGAAGGUCUACUGAACGUAUUGGUUCCUUUUCUCGACUACAACGUCUAUCACAAAUCUUCCAAGAACAGCCAGUCUGUGUAUCAGAAUAAGGCUAUUUUCAUAUUCCUCUCGAAUACUGGGAGCGCUCAAAUAGUGCAGCAUCUCACAGGUCUGUGGGAAAAGGGUAACAGACGGGAGGACACUCGGUUGCAGGAUUUUGAGAAAUUGAUAGCUGAUGGUGCGUUUGGUGAAAAAGGUGGUUUCCAUCAUAGUGACACUAUACAGACCAGUGUAAUCGAUCACUACGUACCUUUCCUACCCCUAGAAGAAGUGCACAUUAGAAAGUGUCUGGUAAAGGCUUUCCUCGAGCGAGGUGUCACUGCAAAAAAUGAAAUGAUAGAGGAGGCACUGUCACACUUAACUUUUGGUCCCGAACCGUAUAAUCUGUACUCGAUGGCUGGUUGUAAAAGAAUAGAGCAAAAAGUUGCUUCUAUUGUUUAUCGUAAACAAUCAGAAUUUAGAAUAAGUGAAAAAAUAAAUGAAGAUGAUUUGAAAGAAUAAUAAAAGAAAUUUAUAAU